UUCAACCUAGCGGAGCACGCUCCAUCGGCCUGCCUGCAAGAGGCUGGGCCCGCCUCCUCGCCCCUCUUCCUCUUCACGCUGGCUCCACCUCACGCGCUCUUCCUCUCCCCCCCUCCUCCUCCUCCCCCUUCCCCGCUCUCGCGCUCCUUCUCCCCUUGCUCCCCCCACCCGCCGCCCUGUCAGUGUGGUGGCUGCGCUGGGAAACAUGGCGUCGGAGGGGAUGAUUUUAACGAACCACGACCACCAAAUCCGCGUAGGGGUCCUCACAGUGAGUGACAGCUGCUUUAGGAAUCUUGCAGAGGAUCGUAGUGGGAUAAACCUUAAAGACCUCGUCCAAGAUCCUUCUUUGUUGGGUGGCACUAUAUCAGCAUACAAAAUAGUUCCUGAUGAAAUAGAAGAAAUUAAGGAGACGCUGAUAGACUGGUGUGAUGAAAAGGAACUUAACUUGAUUUUAACAACUGGAGGAACAGGUUUCGCACCAAGGGAUGUCACACCAGAGAAAUUCCCAACAUUCCCAUUUUGUGGGCUCCAGAGAGGGGCCACUAAAGAAGUAAUAGAACGGGAGGCCCCAGGGAUGGCCUUGGCAAUGCUGAUGGGAUCACUUAAUGUUACACCUCUGGGCAUGCUUUCUAGGCCUGUAUGUGGAAUCAGAGGGAAAACUCUUAUAAUUAACCUUCCAGGUAGCAAGAAAGGGUCACAGGAAUGCUUUCAGUUUAUACUGCCAGCCCUACCUCAUGCCAUUGACCUUUUGCGAGAUGCCAUUGUAAAAGUAAAAGAGGUGCAUGAUGAACUUGAAGAUCUACCUUCACCACCACCACCUCUUUCUCCUCCUCCAACCAUCAGCCCACACAAGCAGACAGAAGACAAAGGUGUACAGUGUGAGGAAGAGGAGGAAGAGAAAAAAGAUAGUGGAGUUGCUUCAACAGAGGAUAGCUCCUCCUCACAUAUAACUGCUGCAGCCAUUGCAGCUAAGAAGCAUCCAUCCUACACCAGUUAUGCUGCUAUCAUGGCAAAAGGUGAACAUCCCAUCCCUGGUCUCAUCUGUUAUUCCCAUCAUGCAGCAGACAGUGCAGGAGAACCGAUUCCAGAUUCCAUCAUAUCUCGUGGUGUUCAAGUGCUUCCACGAGACACAGCCUCACUCAGCACCACCCCUUCUGAAUCUCCUCGUGCCCAGGCCACAUCUCGCCUCUCCACUGCUUCCUGCCCAACACCAAAAGUCCAAUCCAGGUGCAGCAGUAAGGAGAACAUCCUCAGAGCCAGUCAUAGUGCUGUAGACAUUACGAAAGUGGCAAGAAGACAUCGUAUGUCUCCAUUUCCAUUAACAUCUAUGGACAAAGCCUUCAUCACUGUACUGGAAAUGACCCCAGUGCUUGGAACAGAAAUAAUCAAUUAUCGAGAUGGAAUGGGCAGAGUCCUCGCCCAAGAUGUUUAUGCAAAAGACAACCUACCACCCUUUCCAGCUUCAGUAAAAGAUGGUUAUGCCGUCAGAGCUGCUGAUGGACCUGGGGAUCGUUUCAUCAUUGGGGAAUCCCAAGCUGGUGAGCAAUUGAUAUUGAGUGAUAUUUUUCAGCCGACUCAGACUGUGAUGCCUGGUCAGGUAAUGCGAGUUACAACUGGUGCUCCAAUACCCUGUGGUGCUGACGCUGUGGUACAAGUGGAAGAUACAGAACUCAUCAGGGAAUCAGAUGAUGGCACUGAAGAACUCGAGGUGCGUAUUCUGGUGCAGGCUCGACCCGGCCAAGAUAUCAGACCUAUAGGACAUGACAUUAAAAGAGGUGAAUGUGUGUUGGCCAAGGGAACACACAUGGGUCCCUCAGAAAUAGGUCUCCUAGCGACUGUUGGGGUAACAGAAGUUGAAGUUAAUAAAUUUCCAGUGGUUGCAGUCAUGUCCACGGGGAAUGAGCUACUGAAUCCUGAAGAUGAUUUGUUACCAGGAAAGAUUAGAGACAGUAAUCGCUCAACCCUUCUAGCAACAAUUCAAGAGCAUGGGUACCCAACAAUCAACCUUGGAAUUGUGGGAGAUAACCCAGAUGAUUUACUUAAUGCCUUGAAUGAAGGAAUCAGUCGUGCUGAUGUCAUCAUCACAUCAGGGGGUGUGUCCAUGGGGGAAAAGGACUAUCUUAAGCAGGUGCUGGACAUUGAUCUUCAUGCUCAGAUUCACUUUGGCAGGGUUUUCAUGAAACCAGGCUUGCCAACAACCUUUGCAACUUUGGAUAUUGAUGGUAUAAGAAAAAUUAUCUUUGCACUCCCAGGGAAUCCUGUGUCAGCUGUUGUUACCUGCAAUCUCUUUGUUGUCCCAGCUCUGAGGAAAAUGCAGGGAAUCCUGGACCCUCGGCCCACUAUUAUAAAAGCCAGGUUAUCAUGUGAUGUGAAAUUGGACCCUCGUCCAGAAUACCAUCGGUGCAUACUGACUUGGCAUCACCAAGAACCACUGCCUUGGGCACAAAGUACAGGGAAUCAGAUGAGCAGUCGUCUGAUGAGUAUGCGCAGUGCCAAUGGACUGUUGAUGCUACCUCCAAAGACAGAGCAGUAUGUGGAACUUCGUAAGGGAGAGGUGGUUGACGUCAUGGUCAUUGGAAGGCUAUGAUGUCAUCAGCAAGAGAAGUUUUGAUGCAUGUCCACAUAUCAUUGACUGUAUCCUGUAAUAUGCAACGGCACAGCUAGUUUUUCUGAUUUGGAUAAAAGUUGAUCAGUAUAGUCAACACCUUGAAUUAUAUUUCAAAUGGAUUUAAAUAAAUACCUUUUAAAAAAAACUUUAAAAACAAAUCUUAAAAGAAAUCUAUUCUGAUUAUAUCAAAGCAACUUUUUCCUUUCUUGCAAUUGCUUUGUGUGUUCAAUGCUAGUUCUGAUAGCAGUAGCUUUUAGUAGACAGCGGUAGGUGCCUGCAGAACUUGUGUUUUUUCUCAUCUUUAAGAUACAACUACUUAUGCUCUUAAAACAAGGCUGUCUGCUUAUUUAUACUAGCGUAGACAACACUUGGAUUUCCCUUAUUAGUAUGCUUCAUAACUGCUUCACAGAGAGCUUCUGCUUGUUCUUUAUCUUGUAUCUCGUGUUGAUGUGCACUGUGCCAAAAGCAGAGUGGCUGCAUUGGGAACCCGAUCAAGCCCCGAGGUUUUCCCCCCUUGCUGCGCGUUCAGGGAUAUCUGUCAUCCCAGCAGCCACCCAGCUCAGUACUCUUGGGCAGUAACUGGAUACCUUUUGUUUAAACAAACAACAAAAAUUGCUUCCUUAAGUGCUGACAGCCUUUUUAACCAAUACAUUUAAAAAUGUACAGAAUUAAAAUCUAAAAAAAUCAAAGACUGAUCUUGUACAGAUAUUAGUGUUACCAGCAUUCGUGUGCAAAUUAAAUGAGCAAAGAGAUAAAACUAAUGUUAAACAACUCUGUACCAUAACAUUUUCUGUAAUGAUACUGAAACUUAAAUGAAUAAAAAAAAUUCCUUGAUCAUUAUUUAAAA